AUGGAAGUGGCCUACCGCGAUAGCAGCCGCUACGAUUAUGACAUAACCAAAGUAGUCUCUUUGCACGAGAUCAAUCCUCGAGCCCUACUGACUCUUCUUGAGGAGGGCGAAACUGACUUUGAGCUCCCCGAAUUGUUGUUUGAUAUGGAUUAUUCAGGUCACUUUUGUCUCCGUAAUGUGUCGGUUUGUGUUUCUCUGUCCAAUGCCCCUACAACGCCGACAAACCUCGGCUGCACGUUGACCAUGCAAGAACACAAGUACCGUAUUUCACCUCUGUCAGAAAGCUAUUCAAAACAGAGGGCAGGCGACUCAAGCCGGACCUUUGACGAGUAUGCACCUUUCGAGGGCGCUGGUGCCGUCUCUUCUUGGAAAAUCUCCUUCCCCACGAACCUUCGUCGCUUCAACUACGGCACCCUCACUGAUGUUGUGCUAUAUGUUCAUUACACGGCCUUCAGUAGCGGGGGUGAUCUCGAGCAAAAAGCGUCCAACGCAGUCGCAUCCUGGGCGAACGAUAGACUAGAUGACAGGAAAUACCACGGAGAUACCCCCAAGGUGAUGGCCAUUAGCCUGUCUGCGGACUAUGCGGCCCAGUGGAAAGAACUUCCUAACUCUAAAGGCCAAAUUGAGCUGCCAAGGAUCAACGAAAAAUUUCCUUUCUGGGCUCAUAAUGCAGAACCUACUGGGGCUACCUUAUAUAUCACUGCUGGGGCAGAAAAUCCUUCAACUAUUGGUUCUUAG